AUGAGGUCCUUUGUAACAAAGCAGUCUUGCAAAAGGUACGUGUUGUUAGGUAUUCUUAUUCUUUUGUCUUUCGUUCACAAUAUUUCGACAUCUGUGACUCAUUAUUCAAUACCCGAGGAGAUGAAAGAAGGAUCAGUCGUCGCUAACCUUGCUACCGAUCUCAGCCUGGAUGUUAAAACACUGAAUCAGAGGAAGAUGCGUCUUGAUAUCAUUGCAAAUAAGAAAUACCUGAAUGUGAACAAAGAGACUGGUGAACUGUAUAUUGUUGAGAAGAUUGACAGGGAAAAUAUCUGCACUACCAAGUCAUCAGCGUCUUGCUAUCUCAAACUGGAAAUAAUACUAGAAAACCCAGUACGAAUAUUUAACAUAGAAGUAGAGAUUUUGGAUAUGAACGACAACGCCCCACAAUUUCGACGAGACGUCAUACAUUUAGAUAUAUCUGAAGCAACGCCGAAAGGGGAGAGAUUCUCUCUCAGCAAUGCAGUUGAUCCGGAUGUUGGAAGCAAUUCAGUGAAAACAUACCAUCUGACUGAAAGUGAACAUUUUAAUAUUGAAGUUCAGACUGGCAGAGAUGGGUCUAAGUUUGCCGAUUUGAUCUUGAAAAAGACUUUAGAUCGGGAGCAGCAGGCUGUUCAUAAUUUAAUACUCACAGCUGUAGAUGGAGGCACACCUGCUCGUUCUGGCACUGCCAGUGUAAUUGUACGUGUUUUGGACACAAAUGACAAUGCACCUACUUUUGACAAAGUUAAUUUGAGUGUAAAAAUAAUGGAAAAUUCUCCCAUAGGAAGCCUUGUUACUCAUCUCAAUGCAACAGACUUAGAUGAGGGGUCAAAUUCUGAUGUAACGUACUCAUAUAGUCUAUAUACGUCAGAGAAAACGCAAGAAACAUUUAAUUUGAAUCCUUCCACUGGUGAAAUUACUGUUAAAGGAUUGUUAAAUUAUGAGGAUUUCAGGAUUUAUGAUAUGGAAGUUAUAGCUACUGAUAAAGGAGCAAAUAGUUUAUCAGGACAAUGUACUAUGAAGAUUAUGGUUGAAGACAUGAACGACAACCAUCCAGAAUUAUCUAUUAAAUCAUUUCAGAGUCCAGUCAAUGAAAACAUAGAGUUAGACACAGUGAUAGCAGUAGUUAGUGUCAGUGAUAAAGACUCAGGUGACAAUGGAGUGGUUGAUCUUCAUAUUCCAGAUAAUAUGCCUUUCAAACUGAGGGAGUCCUCUGAUAACUAUUAUGAAUUAGUAGUGUCAGAGCCAUUAGAUCGUGAGAAGGUUCCAGAAUAUGACAUCACGUUCACUGUGACAGACAGAGGUUCUCCUCCUUUAUCUGACAAUGAAACUAUGACGUUAGAGCUGCUGGAUGUUAAUGACAAUGUCCCACAGUUCCCUCAGUCAUUUUAUACCAUACGCGUAAUGGAGAAUAACGCACCUGGGGCCUUGCUCAGUUCCCUCACUGCGUUUGACCCUGACCUCCAUGAAAACCAGUACCUAGUUUACUUCAUCCUAGAGAAGGAGAUAGCCAACACCUCCAUGUCCAUGCUGUUCUCCAUCAAUCCAGAGAACGGUAAUCUUUACGCACUAAAAACGUUUGACUAUGAGAUCGAGAAGGAGUUUCUUUUCCACAUCGAGGCCAGAGACUCUGGCUCUCCUCCACUCAGCAGUAACGUGACGGUCCACAUCAUCAUUGUGGACCAGAACGACAACGCUCCGGUUAUUGUCUCUCCGUGGCGCGCGCACGGCUCGGUGGUGGAGGAAAAGAUCCCCAGAUCCACCGAUAAAGGCUCUCUGGUUGCCAAGGUGAUCGCCUUAGACACCGACUCGGUGCACAACUCUCGGAUUACCUACCAGUUUCUCCAGGUGACUGACGCCACCUUGUUCAGUCUGGACCAGUACAACGGAGAGAUCCGGACUAUGAGGAUGUUCAGUUACAGAGACCCGCGCCACCAGCGACUGGUUGUUGUUGCCAAGGACAACGGGGAGCCUGCUCUCUCUGCUACAGUCACCAUCAAGCUGUCCACAGUGGAGACUGUCGUUAAGGCCUACUCUGACAUGACGGAGGUGCCUCUGGAAUAUGACAUCUUUUCAGACCUAAACCUGUAUUUGGUCAUCGGUCUGGGCUCGGUGUCGUUUCUCCUGCUGAUCACCAUAUUGGUCACCAUCGUGCUCAAGUGUCAGAAACCCAAGCCCAGCAAAGCGGCUCCUCCCUGCAGGAACAGUGUGAUCAGUGAGAGGAACUCCACCAUCGCAGAUUCCACUCUGGUCUCCAACGAUGCCUACUGGUACAGUCUGUUUCUAGCAGAGACCAGGAAAGGAAAGCUGGUGGUUAGACAGCCUGUGCCAAAGGGCUCCAGAUACAUCGUGUCCAGUUUACCAAGAGGCACAGGACUGACAGACACUAGUGACUCAGCAGCUUCUACUCUGCAGAGUCCAGUCAAUGAAAACAUAGAGUUAGACACAGUAAUAGCAGUAGUUAGUGUCAGUGAUAAAGACUCAGGUGACAAUGGAGUGGUUGAUCUUCAUAUUCCAGAUAAUAUGCCUUUCAAACUGAGGGAGUCCUCUGAUAACUAUUAUGAAUUAGUAGUGUCAGAGCCAUUAGACCGUGAGAAGGUUCCAGAAUAUGACAUCACGUUCACUGUGACAGACAGAGGUUCUCCUCCUUUAUCUGACAAUGAAACUAUGACGUUAGAGCUUCUGGAUGUUAAUGACAAUGUCCCACAGUUCCCUCAGUCAUUUUAUACCAUACGCGUAAUGGAGAAUAACGCACCUGGGGCCUUGCUCAGUUCCCUCACUGCGUUUGACCCUGACCUCCAUGAAAACCAGUACCUAGUUUACUUCAUCCUAGAGAAGGAGAUAGCCAACACCUCUAUGUCCAUGCUGUUCUCCAUCAAUCCAGAGAACGGUAAUCUUUACGCACUAAAAACGUUUGACUAUGAGAUCGAGAAGGAGUUUCUUUUCCACAUCGAGGCCAGAGACUCUGGCUCUCCUCCACUCAGCAGUAACGUGACGGUCCACAUCACCAUUGUGGACCAGAACGACAACGCUCCGGUUAUUGUCUCUCCGUGGCGCGCGCACGGCUCGGUGGUGGAGGAAAAGAUCCCCAGAUCCACCGAUAAAGGCUCUCUGGUUGCCAAGGUGAUAGCCUUAGACACCGACUCGGUGCACAACUCUCGGAUUACCUACCAGUUUCUCCAGGUGACUGACGCCACCUUGUUCAGUCUGGACCAGUACAACGGAGAGAUCCGGACUAUGAGGAUGUUCAGUUACAGAGACCCGCGCCACCAGCGACUGGUUGUUGUUGCCAAGGACAACGGGGAGCCUGCUCUCUCUGCUACAGUCACCAUCAAGCUGUCCACAGUGGAGACUGUCGUUAAGGCCUACUCUGACAUGACGGAGGUGCCUCUGGAAUAUGACAUCUUUUCAGACCUAAACCUGUAUUUGGUCAUCGGUCUGGGCUCGGUGUCGUUUCUCCUGCUGAUCACCAUAUUGGUCACCAUCGUGCUCAAGUGUCAGAAACCCAAGCCCAGCAAAGCGGCUCCUCCCUGCAGGAACAGUGUGAUCAGUGAGAGGAACUCCACCAUCGCAGAUUCCACUCUGGUCUCCAACGAUGCCUACUGGUACAGUCUGUUUCUAGCAGAGACCAGGAAAGGAAAGCUGGUGGUUAGACAGCCUGUGCCAAAGGGCUCCAGAUACAUCGUGUCCAGUUUACCAAGAGGCACAGGACUGACAGACACUAGUGACUCAGCAGCUUCUACUCUGCAGGUGAGAGUCGUUUGUUGA